AUGAAGACACAUACUAUAUUAUGGGUUCUCAUCAUAUUGCUAUGCACUGAAGCCGCCAUUGUGCACGGUGCUGAUAAGGGGAACGGCAACGGCGGUGUUGCAUCCGGUAAUUCUAAGGGGAACAGCAAGGCGAUGAUGAAAAUUAUCUUGUCACCGUCGAAGAAUGGGCAAGAACGAGCCUACUGCAAAGCGAAAAGUGCUUGUUACAAGAAGACACUUGUUUGCCCAUCUGAAUGCCCUCAAAGGAAGCCUAAGAAUAACAAGAAACAAAAGGCUUGCCAUGUUAACUGUGGCAGCAAGUGUGAAGCCACAUGCAAGUGGAGGAAACCAAAAUGUGAUGGCUACGGUUCUCUUUGCUACGACCCUCGUAUUGUUGGUGGUGAUGGGGUUAUGUUUUACUUCCAUGGAGCAAAAGAUGGGAACUUCGCCAUUGUCUCAGACGAUAAUCUUCAAAUCAAUGCUCAUUUCAUCGGCACCCGACCACUAGGAAGGACUCGUGAUUUCACAUGGGUGCAAGCCUUGGCCGUCAUGUUCGACACCCACACUCUUGUCGUUUCAGCAAAUAGAGUCUCGCACUGGGACGACCACGUCGACGCUCUCACCGUCCAGUUCGACGGCGAGACCGUCAACAUCCCUUACGACGGAGAAGCCGAGUGGACCAACGGCGACGCGUUGGUCGAAAGAACCGACGACAAAAACAGCAUCCGAGUCAAGAUAUCCGGAUUGGUGGAGAUGUACAUAAGGUUCAAGAGGCCAUCUGGAUCACUUGCCGCUAUCUAA